AUGCCCAUCCUGGCUAAUGAAUGUGGUUGUUUUGACUUGUUCCUGCAGUAUGUGCUGGAGGCUGAUGCUAAACUGGACCAGCUGCGAGUGCUUGUGGAGGCUGCGGACCGAGAGAAGGUGGAGCUGCUCAAUCAGCUGGAGGAGGAGAAGAGGAAGGUGGAGGACCUGCAGUUUCGGGUGGAGGAAGCCUGCAUUACCAAAGGAGAUUUGGAGACGCAGACCCAGCUGGAGCAUGCCCUUCUUAAGGAGCUUGAACAGAGUCUUCUCUUUGAAAAGACCAAAGCUGACAAACUGCAGAGGGAGUUAGAAGACUCUAGGGUGGCCACGGUCUCUGAGAAGUCCCGUAUCUUGGAGUUAGAGCGGGAUCUUGCCUUGCGGGACACUGAGGUAGCUGCUCUUCGCAAGUCUUUGGAAGCUGUCUCGGGGCAAGACGGGGUUCCUGAGGAGGAGCUGAGCUCUCUCCACACGCAGCUGGCGAAGAAUAACGAGCAGCUUUCGGGUCAGCUGGCCAAAUCUAAGGAGGAGAAUUCAAAUAUCAUUGCGGAGUGGCGCGCUAAACUAGCAUCGGUCGAGGCCUCGCACCAGCAAGCCUUGGAGGAGCUCAGAGCCUCCCACGAGGCAGGCACGUCUGAGCUGGAGGAGGUGCGUAAUGCUCUGGAACAGCUGGAGCUGACACAUAAACUGGAGCUCGAGGAGCUCGCGAACAAGCGUGCUUCUGAAGCCAUGGGCUGGACGGGUGAUGCCAAAGAGCACAAGGCACAGCUCCUGAAAGUCAGCGAGGAGAGCGAACGGCUGGUAGAAACGCUGCGCACCAGUCUGGAGAAGGCAGAGGAGCAGCACCUGGUGGAGAUGGAGGAGGUGUUGGGAAAACUUCACAGUGCCGAGCUCAGGGUGAAAGAGCUGGAGGACGCGGGAGUUAAGCUAGGUCAGCAGCUGCGAGAAAAGGCAGAAGAAGCUCUGGAGCAAGAAACAGCUCUUCAGACGCUUCAGUCACAGCACAGUCAAGAGAACCGAGACAUGCAGAGGUUAUUGACCCAAAUAGAGGAGGCAAAAAGCCAAGCCAGAUCUCAGGAAGAAAAGGUCACAGAGUUGAUCUCAGUACUAGAGGUUAAACAGCAAGAGCUGAGUGGCCUGCUGCAGGAAAAGCGCUCUCUGGAGCAAGAAGUUAGUGUGCUGAAACAGAAUCUUGAAAACACCUCUAAUGAUCAAGCCAAAUCUGCUCAGACUAAUCAAGGUUUACAGAGAAAUUUGAAAGCAAGCGAGGAAAGGAUACUGCUGCUGACCAAAGACAAAACUAAACUUGAGAAUGACAUUGUGGACAUGACGAAAUCAACGGGCGACAGCUCUACUCUAAUAACAAAGCUGAAUGAGGAAAUCAAGCAGAAAGAGAGGAGACUAGAGGAGCUUCAGAAGCAGCUUGAAGAGGAGAGGGAGAAGGCAGCUCAUGCGGAGGAGGAACGCUCUCGAGCCAAAAGCCUGGAGCAGAAACACCGAGCAGAGCUUUCCAGCCUGCAGGAGACGAUCAAGCUUCUGGAGAAGAGCGCCGCAGACAAUCAGGCUAAAGCCAAAGACGUGCUUGCUGCGGGAGAGAAAGCGCUUGCCGACGCUGUGGAGCGCCAUUCCAAAGAACUGCAGGAACUACGCAGCGAGUUUGAUUCAGAGCUGAAACAAGCAGUCGCUGAAAAAGCCCAUGCAGUGGAGGCUCUGAAACACGAGAAGGAAAAGCUAACCGUGGAGCUCGCCAGCAGCCACAAAGACGGCAAUAUUCUGCUAAACCUCAAAAAGGAGUGUGACGGUCUCAACGAUCAGCUGAAGGAGAUGAAAACAAGGGAAAGCACUUUGACGAGUGAAUCAGAGAAGGAGAACGCAGCUCUUCAGCAGUCUCUCCGAACACAGAGUGCCUUGAUCUCAGAGAAGGACACAGAAUUAGACUCUCUGAGGAACGAGCUGGAUGCUUUGAAACAGCAGAACUCGCAGUAUGAGGAGAACCUGAGUUCUGACCGUCAGAAGAUCAGUGAAGAGAUUGAGGAGCUGAAACAAGCAGUCGCUGAAAAAGCCCAUGCAGUGGAGGCUCUGAAACACGAGAAGGAAAAGCUAACCGUGGAGCUCGCCAGCAGCCACAAAGACGGCAAUAUUCUGCUAAACCUCAAGAAGGAGUGUGACAGCCUCAAUGAUCAGCUGAAGGAGAUGAAAAUGAGGGAAAGCACUUUCACGAGUGAAUCAGAGAAGGAGAACGCAGCUCUUCAGCAGUCUCUCCGAACACAGAGUGCCUUGAUCUCAGAGAAGGACACAGAAUUAGACUCUCUGAGGAACGAGUUCAAAAAGGAGUGUGACAGCCUCAAUAGUCAACUGAAGAAGAUAAAAGUGAGGGAAAGCACUUUAACAAAAGAAUCAGAAAAGGAGAAGGCAGCACUUCAGCAGUCUCUCCGAACACAGAGUGCCUUGAUCUCAGAGAAGGACACAGACUUAGACUCUCUGAGAAACGAGAUAGCAGGUCUGCAGUCCAGUCUGAAACUCCACAGGAGUGAGAGCACUCUGCUGCAGGAGCGAGUGAAGGUUCUGGAGAGUUUAGCUGACGCUCAGAUCAGCGGCACAGAUGAUUCUGCUUUAAAAACAUGGAAGGAGGCAAAGGAGAAUGCAGAGCGGCAGGUUGAAUUCCUGAACUCGGUUAUUGUGGAUCUGCAGCGGAAGAACGAAGACUUAACAUCUAAACUGGAGACGAUGGCUGAAGCAGCGCUCAAUGGGAACGGUGCAGCUGAGACGGACACUCAUAACAGUCACGCCGAGCCGACGCUUAAAAAGAAGCCCCCUCCCCGUCUCUUCUGUGACAUCUGUGACUGCUUUGACCUGCACGACACAGAGGACUGUCCCACCCAGGACCAGAUGCUAGACUCGCUGCCACACACCACCUACCACGGCAGCACCAGCGACGAACGACCGUACUGCGACAUCUGUGAGGUCUUCGGCCACUGGACGGAGUCCUGCAAAGACGAUCAAACUUUCUAGCAUCCCGCUUCAUUUGUACUUGCAGUGCUAUGCCUUGAAUCAAACAGUGCACAAAAGACUAUUGUAAGUCUGCGUGGUUUUUCACUCGUGUGUUUGCCGCCAUAUAAGCCUAAACCUUUCAGUCACUUUAAAGCGAGCAUCUGUAGUUUACUCAGUGGCAAUUUUACCUGCUCUUUUUGGACUGAAUGACGGUUAGGAGGGUUUUAAGUUCACUUUGAAAGUAGUGAAUGCUCAUUCUUUAAAUGGUGGUUAAAGAAGCGGUUCUCUUAUACGCUUUAAGGUUUCAGGUUUUUAAACUUCAGUGCUGACCUCUAGAGGAAGGGAGGCUUGACUUCUCAACAGCCUUUCACAUGUCAGCGAGAGACGUAUUAAUAUAAAGAGUAAAUUAUUCUAGAAUUGUGAAAAUGUCAUAGUUUCUAAAUAAAAAAUAAGUAUGUUUCAAUCAUUUAUUAUCUUUCAGAAUGACCGUUAAUAAAAUGUUCGCAACUUUUGUCCAAAAAUGAAAUUAAAACAACUGUUUUUGUUACUUUAUUGCUUUAAUAUUAUGAUUAUUAUUAAGUUGUGGAGGUCUGGAAUGUAUGAAAUUGUGACUGUUUUUAGUAAAGUUAGCAUAUGUUUCCCAGGUGGUUUGUGAUACAUUUAUUUGUAUAAAGAUCGGGGGGGGGGCAGAUUUUAUGGAAAUAAACUUCAAAAAAUAUCUUUUAAGUGCAAAAAACAUUCUUUGUUGUGUUGUAUGUUCAUGCUAAUGUGCUGCUCUAAAGAAAACCCCCGUGCUUUCAAAUCAAUUUCAUAUUGUCUGACGUGGGCGAUCUCAACCAUGAUCUACACGGAUGUUUCCCAACCUUAUUUCUGCUCUUUUGUUAAAGCAGUAAAGUUACACAGCUACAGGUGUGUUGCUGGGUUUUAAAGCAGGUUUGAUUGGUGUUUAUAUCAGUUUCACUGUCCACUCGAUUCACGUAGAUGUGUCCAGAGCUGUGUGAGAUCACUACCAUGCUGCUUUUGUGGAGGUGUGUAGGGUGUUCAAUAAAAACAUUUUGUAGCAUUU